AUGUCAAUCAGUGAUCAGUCAACAGAUAGAAGCAGCGAUUGUGUUGAGCUCGUAACAGCUAGAUGCCUCACUUAUUCCUUUAUUCUUGGAAGGGACGAGUCAUUAAUACCUGAAAUGGCAAGCCCUGACUCUGAAAUGGAGAUUUCCAAGCACCACUUCAUGGACCAUUUUCCUGAAGCUCGUGACCAUGGUGUCACCUUCUUUUCUAUUGUUCCGACACUUUCUGGGGGAGAAGAGCUCAGACCUAUAUUUUGUUUUCAAACAGCUGAGGCAGUUUAUGUCAAAGCUGCAACCAUCAUGCCAAGGUCAACAUUUGACCAGAUAAUGGAUCUGGCUGCAAGGAGUGAGGUGAAGAGAAUUUACAUAGCAGUCCACAAAGAACUCCAAACAUUCGCAAAAACUGUAAAAAUGCUUAUGUACAUGGGGUUCAGACAGUUGGAGCUGCAAGAGCAAAAGACAUUGUGCCACACAUCAGCUGUGUUGUUUGCACUUAAAGUCUAG